AUGCUGAAGGUAGCUUGCUUACCAAGCCACCCACUUGAUAAGCUAGUCACCAGAAAGAAGCGGCGAGGACGUGAAGCUUCCCUCCCCCCUGUAGUCGAAGUACUCGGCGCUACUUUGAUUCAAAAGGUAACCGACGGUUCCCGACUUUCUCCGGUUUCCGCAACCGUAAUCAUUUGUCACUCCAUCCAUAAACCUUUUUUUCAAUAG